AUGCAACUUGCCCUUGCUACAACGACGCCUGCUGCGGCAAAAGCGAUUGACGAGGUAUCUGUGGAUAUGGCAGUGACUUUUGCGGUGACACGUGUGUCAGUAACAGCAAUGCCACUGCCCCCCUGUGGGAAGGACACAUCCACACCGAAUGCCACCUACCCCCUUAACGUGUGUUGCUCGGAAUGGAGCUUUUGCGACACUACUGAUGACUUCUGUGGCACGGGAUGCCAGGACCUCCCACGGUCCCCUCCUGCUCCUCCAACGAUGUUUCGCAGCGCGUAA